AUGGAGCUUAUUCAGAAUGCCGAAGACAAUGAGUAUGUGCCCGGCGUUAGGCCGACGUUGGAGUUCGUGUUCACAACCACUGAUGUUACCGGCACCGGCUCUCCGGCGACUCUGCUGGUAUUCAACAAUGAGGUGGGUUUUACAAAAGCAAACAUUGACUCCCUCUGCAGUAUUGGUCAAUCCACUAAGAAAAACAAGAGACGCCAAGGCUUCAUCGGAGAGAAAGGUUGGUCCCCUCUUCUUCCCAAAGCCAACAAUGGCGGUUACAAAGUGGCAAUUGUACUGCAUGCGCUUGUGAGCACGGCCACGGGCUUCUUCUUCUUGUCUUGCUUAGCCACCUUCGAUGUUUGGCCUCUCACCUUACCGGCACUAGCUCGAGAUCCAUGA